AUGGGUGAUGUUGAGAAGAGCAAGAGGAUUUUUGUUCAAAAGUGUGCGCAGUGCCAUACUGUGGAAAAGGGAGGCAAGUGCAAGACUGGGCCAAACCUCCAUGGUCUGUUUGGGCAAAGGACAGGUCAGGACCCUGGGUUUUCUUACAAGGAUGUCAACAACCAAAGCAUGAUCUCGGGAGGGGCUGCACUAAUGGAAUGUUUGGAGAAUCCCAAGAAGUACAUCCGUGGAUCAACAAUGAUCUUUGCUGGCAUUAAGAAGAGUUCAGAAAGGGCAGAUUUGAUACCUUAUCUCAAAAAAAAAAAAAAAGCUACUUAUGAGUAA